AGCCGAAUGCUCCGGGGUGGACGAUAAAAUGGUACGGACUGAUUUCGUCAGAGGAUUGUCAGAUUCUCGCCUGCGAAAAAAGAUCCGCAAGAAAUGCAACCCUAUAGAACAUACCCUGACGGAGCUAAUUCAGUACGCAAUUAAGUACGAGAAACAAAAUUACGAUUUAGGACUGGACUCGGAAUCCGACGAAGAUGACCCUUCGGGUGUUCGACGCAAUAGCUACUCCGCUACGGCACGAAUGUUCGAAGAUCGCUUCGGGUUGGGUCCGGCAAAAAAAGGCUCGGAUCGGAAAGCUUCUUCCUCGGCUUCGACCUCCCACCGCUCUAGUCAAGCACAAGGAGGCCGGGGUGAGGAAGAAGUGUCCAUAAAAGAGGUCGCGGCCCAAUUAGUUACGGUAGUGGCCCCGCUGACGGAGUUUGUUCAGGGCCUGCACCGGCAACGCCUAGCCGCCGCACAACGGCAACAAGCGGCUAUGGCCGCCGGGGCCCCUAUGAUAAGACCGGCCGUGGCCGGGGCUGUCCCGCACCUACGCUGUUAUAACUGUAAACAGCCAGGUCACCUUGCGAAAGAUUGUCCGAAACCUCGAACUCAGGGGGGGCCCACUGGGCCUUCCCAAAUCCCGUUGGCUGCUCCAACCGCUGCAGGACAGGGGAGGGUGGCCACGGUGAUGGAUACCGGGGCAACGGAGAUGGUGACCCCUGCGGCCACCGAGAUAGGGCCCGAUGAAUACAUGGCUGCGGCGAUGUUCGAACUCGGGACCAUAGGAGUGAUACGUCACGUCCAACGGAUUACCGAGGAAAGCGACCUCGGGCCGUGGCGACCAGGGUUCGAAGACAUUGCGGCACCUGGUCCUGAAUACAAGGAUGGCCAUAUCGACGUAUUGGAUGCCUUGAAGGCUUUGGAUCUUUGGAUCCCAGCGUAUGAUGUUCUGCUAGGCAUUCCGUGGCAGACGGCGGUCGGAGCGCGAAUGCACUUUGACAGCUUGGCCUUGGAGAAAAGCGAGUUCUUCUUGUCAGAGAUCUCAUUCUUGGGGUACAUCGUCACAGUCGAUGGACUAAGACCGGAUCCGAGGAAGGUGGCAGCAGUUCAUGAAGCCCCGGCGUCGAUCACACUCACCCAGGUUCGGGCUUUCCUAGGGCUGGCAUCCUAUUACCGACGCUUCAUCAAGGGGUUCGCCGGUAUAGCGAAGCCCCUCACGAACCUGCCGAAGAAAGAGGAACAGCUGAUCUGGACGCCGGAAUGUGAAGUGGCGUUUCAGGCGUUGAAGGAGGCUCUGACAUCUGCUCCUGUGUUGGCGCGUCCCGAUCCGACAAGACCAUUGGCACUGUACACGGACUGGCAGCCUCAGGCCAUAUCGGCGGUGAUGACUCAGCACGGGGCGGACGGAAGGGAACACGUCAUUGAGUAUGCGUCAAAGACGCAGAGGCAGGCGCAAGCUAAUUACGAAGCGUGCAAAGGCGAAUGCCUGGCGGUAGUGUGGGGGAUCCAUCAUUUCCGACCGUAUCUUUACGACCAGAAAUUCGUGCUGCUCACGGAGGGCCCUUAUCCCAUGCGCGAGUUCUCGGAGUAUUUGGUGGAGCUUACUGACGUGGAGCCGCUGCCCUUCGCCGACGAAGACGCGUGGGAGUUGCACCGUGCACUGUACAAGUCGGUGGCGCUGGGGAUGUUCCGGUUCUUCAUGGAUCACGAAGACCACUGCAUCGGGGAGCACUUCGUCGUCUACUAUGUCAUCACACGGCCCAAGCCAGCGGAGAAGGAAGGGACGGUGGCACUGUACCCAUUCGCCCAGCUCCAGACGAUCGAUCCGGGAUUGCUGGAGCUCAUACAUCUUGAGCUCCUCUCCAUUGCGCAAGUGAUCGCGAGCGAGGAGGAGGAGAUCCAACCACGAUUGCGGACGGCGACGGCCCCACGAAGAACGUACAACGCGCUCGUCAUCCCGGAUUACAUUGCGCAGCGCGAGGAGAGAUUGGAGGACUUUCCGGAGGAAAAACCGUUGCGGCCUCCCUCGUUGUAUCUGCGACCGGCGCCCCCGAAGGCCCCCAAGAAGACGCCGAAGAGGAAGAGACGCCACCCGUCGCCAGGAGCGCAAGGCAGCAGGAUCGGCGGCGGCGAGGAGGUGAUUCAGCCCGCGCGUACGCAGAAUCCUGACCCCGUGCCUGGGAGUGCGGCGACGCUCGUUAAGGAGACUGUCGUGCCAUCGCCGCCCUUUCCGCGUGUGCCCGAUCUCAAUCUUGAUGGAGCCAGGCCAUCAUCAUCAGCAGCAGCCAGAGGAGGAAGCCGAAUGGCAUUUUCGGAUCCCAUAUCCAAGGUGGACUUCAUGGUGGAGCCCGCCACCAUCAGGCUGGAGGCCAUCGCGGGGGCGCCGCGCCCUGAUCCGGCCUGGGGACCAUAUCUGACACCCCCUUUUCAAGGGUGUAUUGCGGCGCGACUGAUUGGGACGCUCAUCUAUGAGACCAGGCAGCGUCCCAAUGUGAAGUACCACUUCCUUGUCUUCGCGGCGCAGAAGCGGGAACGGCGGCCUUACACCGAGACUCAUGUGGUGAUGACGGGUCCAGGGCCCCGAUCGGUGCGCAAGCGGGUGGUGCGAGCGGUGGCGGAUCUGGCGCCACGUGUCCUGUCUCAUGUGCCGAGGGCCUUCCUCUAUCCCUCGUUCGUCCAGCACCACUUCCAGGAGGAAGAUGCGCCGACGACUCCCGCGACAAUGGCCGCUUUUCUUCCACCUAUUCCGCCCCUUCUCAAUCCCGCCAUCGAUCACUUCCUCUGAUCACCCUCGCCUACCUCUCCCAGCUUCUCUCCUUCUCCUUCUCUUCAUCAUCUUCUCUUAUGCCCAAAGUUCGUGCAUCGAGACGCGCUAUACCAGAAG